GAAGGAACGGAUGACAAAAAGAGGUUCUAAUGCCCUUUUUUGCCUAGAAAAGAAGGAGCAGCAUUCCAGGAAACAGCGCAAAGCGAAAGGAAUUACACUAGUACUUUGCAAAACCGGGAACUGUUUCCCCCUUUUGUUUGCAUCGAGGGUUUGUGGAGUUUGGCUGGCUGCAAGGAUUUUCUCUGCUUUGGAAAUGGCUUGGAUCAAGUGGUGGUUUCUCCUGUGUGCGUGUAUAUUUUUGGCCCCAACGUUCGGGGUUUCAGAGAAAGGAAGACUGAGGACGAUCACUUAUGUGCUGCGCCCCAAUCAGUCGGGCACUUCCAGCAGCCGCUUGCAGAGUGGAGGGCAGCAACCGCGCACCACCUUCAAUGUGGAGCUGAACACUCGUUACAGCACCCGCGGCGGCGGUAGCAGCAGCAGCACCUUGGAGCGAACUCGCAGGAUGAGCAAAGCGAGCAGCCCAAGCAUGCAGCUCCGCUUGGGCCCCACCGUACAGCUUCAGCACAAGCCUGCCAGCCACACGCCAGCCUCGUUCAGCAAAGUGGCCAAACCCGGCUCACGCUCCAAGCUUCAGCCGCGCGAGAGCAACAACAGCACCGUCAGUGGGCAGGUUCACCCCAAACCCCAUCUGCAGCAGCUGCAGGGGGUCAAUGUCUGUGGAGGUCAGUGCUGCCAUGGCUGGAGCAAAGCUCCCGGCUCUCAGAGGUGUACCAAACAGGUCAUGUUUAUACAACCAUGGAUGUCACUACAGGAAUGCAUCAGAUGUUUUGAAACGAGCCAGCUAAGAAUUCCAGCAAUGACGCACACUUUUAUUAGAUGCGUAUUUAGGAAAAAGAAUUCCCUUUGCCUUCACAGUUAUGAUAAGGGCAAAGCUGUAUGGAAGAAGAUAGAAAUGGUUGCAAUAUUUCUUCCUCUAACAACUAAGAAGUCUAACUGUUCACCACCAUGCCAGAAUGGUGGGAUGUGUUUGCGACCACAGCUCUGUGUAUGUAAACCAGGAACAAAAGGUAGCAGUUGUGAGGAUACUACAAAGCAAGAAACCACUUUACUGGGGGGACCAGGUCCUGCGACUCCACCAUGGCCUAUUCCUCAGCGGUCUGUUCAGCAGUCCUACUCAAAGAAGGUGCAGGUCCAGCAGAAGGUCAAUCCCAUGGCCCAGAUGACUUUCACACUCAAGCAGAAACCCUCUGGUGGAUUACCACAGCAAAUGCAGUCACAGUAA